AGUUCGGGCAGGUUAGUUCAGAGUGAUUCGACUGCCCAAAGAUGAAAUUAGUAAUUUUAGUAGCCGCCUUUUUCGGUGUAGCCCUGGGAGAUGUAGCUUACCUCCCACCCAGAGCACCUGGAGGAGGAGGAGGAGGAGCCGGAGCGUUUCCUGGAGGUUCAGGAUUUGGCGGAGGCGGCUCCGGAUUUCCUGGAGGAUAUUCAGGAGGGCAAAAUAUUCCAAUAGUUAGGUACGUGAACAAUAAUAAUGGCGAUGGUACAUACAAUUGGCUGUACGAGACUGGAAAUGGUAUCAAUGCCGAAGAAUCUGGCGAUGCUAGAGGCGAUGGUACCAAAGCCCGUGGUUCUUUCUCAUACACUGCUCCAGAUGGUCAGAGGAUAAGUUUGCAAUAUACCGCUGACGAGAAUGGUUUUGUACCUUCCGGUAGUCAUCUGCCAACACCUCCACCAAUCCCAGAAGCCAUAUUAAGGUCGAUUGAAUACAAUAGGGCGCAUCCCAACGAAGAUGGCCAGUACAGACCUGGUGCAGAUGAGAGUGGACUUGGAGGUGGAUUCGGAGGUAGUGGAGGUGGUGGGGGCGGUUUUGGAGGUUACAGAUACUAAAUAAACCCUCAAAUCACCUCGUUCAAGCCAACAGUGUUCAAUACAGCCAGUACCGGACUCCACUCUUCGAAUAAAGCAUGUCUUGUAACCGAAUUAGUGAAUAUUUUAGUUGUAUAAUUGUUGUAUAGUGUUACGUGAUAUGCGUUUGUUCGAUCAAAAAUGUCUAUUUAUUGUAUAUUUUGUACCUGCAUGUAAA